CUGUCCGUGUCGUACGUGGCCAAUCAAGUUCAUAUUUUGUUUAUUUUUUCAUUUGUAGGGAUAUACGAAAGGCAUAUAAUAUAAAUAAAGAGUGUUUGUGUUGGCGCGAACUUUCGCGCCAUAACUGAGUGGCAGUGACCUAAUAUCCAUAUUUUAAAUUCUUGAUCUUUAUUUCGUGACGUGUUUUGUGUAUUGUGACUUUUGAAAAAUAUUUCUACAUAUUGUCGGAUAAAGUUUAAGAAGAUAAUGGCUACUCCCACGGAAUUACCCUCAGAGAGAGUGAAACAAAUGUUCAGUUGGACUACGGGAGAGACCUCGCCUCCGUCGCCCAUCGGCGACGAGAAGGAGUCCAAAAUGAGCCAAAUACAGUUCUCUGUGCCGUUCGAAAAACAAGAUUCCACGAUGUGGCAAAAACGUCAGCAGGCGGUGUGUGUCCGACACGCGUUCAAACACUACGGAUCUAACAAGAGGCCCAACCAUGUACUCAGCAACCUAAAUAUGACAGUCGCUAAAGGCACUAUAUACGGACUUCUGGGAGCAUCAGGAUGCGGCAAAACAACUCUACUAUCCUGUAUCGUGGGCCGGCGGAAACUCAAUAGUGGAGAAAUAUGGGUUCUGGGGGGUAAACCUGGUACUAAAGGCUCGGGGGUACCCGGCAAACGAGUUGGAUACAUGCCUCAAGAGAUUGCAUUAUAUGGAGAAUUCACAAUCAAAGAAACCAUGAUGUAUUUCGGUUGGAUCUUCGGCAUGGAGACACGGGAAAUCGCAGAAAGGCUCCGUUUUUUGUUAGACUUCUUAGAUUUGCCUAGCGAGAAUCGGAUGGUAAAAAACCUCAGCGGUGGACAACAACGACGGGUGUCAUUUGCUGUGGCUCUGAUGCACGACCCGGAACUCCUCAUCCUGGAUGAACCCACAGUGGGCGUGGAUCCACUACUUCGGCAAUCCAUCUGGACCCACCUCGUCCGCAUCACGAGCUCAGGAGACAAGACUGUUAUCAUCACAACACAUUACAUCGAAGAGGCGAGACAGGCGCAUUGUAUCGGGCUGAUGAGAAGCGGGCGGCUACUAGCCGAGGAGUCCCCACAAGCUCUCCUCACCAUGUACAACUGCAUCUCAUUAGAAGACGUGUUCCUAAAGCUCUCCAGGAAACAAGGUCAGUCAAAUCAAGUGGUGGAACUGAACGUAUCUGGUGGAGCAUUAGGUCUGAACAAGCUGUCCAAGAGGGAAGAGGCACCUUAUGCGGCGGAGGACGCACAAGUCAAGGGUCUCAACUUCCACCAGAGCAAAGAAGUGCUGAUUGUUGAAAACGGCGCUAGCUCUAAUGGAGAUCUUCCAGGAAAGAUGACCGAAGUCAUGGCGACCGAGUGCGAAGAAUGUACCGACUGCUUCAAUUUGAGUAAUAUAACAUCACGUGGUAAAAUAAAAGCCUUAAUCCAAAAGAACUUUCUACGAAUGUGGAGAAAUAUUGGCGUGAUGCUGUUCAUCUUCGUGCUGCCUGUGAUGCAAGUGAUACUUUUCUGUUUGGCUAUUGGACGUGAUCCCAGCGGUCUUAAACUGGCUAUAGUGAACGAUGAUGUGAACGUUAUCAACGGCGACUGUCCAUUCAAUUCGUCCUGCUCAAUGAAGAAUCUCUCAUGUCGGUACCUACAUCAGCUCGAAGAGCACACUAUAAAAGAAUAUUACGCGGACUUAACAUCCGCAUUGAAUGCUGUGAAAGAAGGCGAAGCAUGGGGAGCGCUUUACUUCAACGAAAACUAUACGGACUCACUAGUAGCGAGAUUGGCUUUAGCGGACACUGCUGAUAACGAGACCAUACAAACCUCUGAAGUACAGGUUUGGUUGGACAUGUCCAAUCAGCAGAUAGGCCUCAUGCUUAAUAGGGAUAUUCAAUUCUCCUACAGGGACUUUGCUAAGGACUUACUCGAAACAUGUGAUUACAACCCGAAGCUCGGCGAUAUCCCCAUAGACUUCAUGGAUCCUAUAUACGGCAACAAGAACCCCUCCUUUACUGAUUUCGUCGCUCCCGGUGUUAUUCUUACUAUCGUUUUCUUCCUCGCCGUCGCCCUUACCUCAUCAGCGCUGAUUGUUGAACGCAUGGAGGGUCUGCUGGACCGGUCCUGGGUAGCUGGCGUGUCUCCCGGGGAGAUUCUUUUCUCACAUGUGGUCACACAGUUCGUUGUGAUGUGCGGUCAGACAGCCUUGGUACUCAUCUUCAUGAUUUCCGUCUUCGGUGUCAAGAACAACGGAAACAUUGCGUUUGUUAUCAUGCUGACAUUGUUACAAGGUCUUUGCGGUAUGUGCUUCGGUUUCGUCAUCUCAGCUGCUUGUGAGUUGGAAAGGAAUGCCAUCCAGUUGGCUCUUGGGUCUUUCUACCCCACCCUGCUGCUCAGCGGAGUCAUCUGGCCCAUCGAAGGCAUGCCCUGGAUCUUACGAUAUGUAUCGCUUUGUCUCCCCCUCACGUUAGCAACAACCUCGUUAAGAUCCAUCCUAACAAGAGGCUGGCCCCUCACAGAUCCAGAUGUGUAUAUGGGUUUCGUAUCAACGUUAAUAUGGAUAGCUCUAUUUUUAGUUGUAACUUUGACCAUUCUGAAGUUUAAGAGGAAUUGAAUGCCAUUUUUCAUAGGUGAAGGGGAGCGGGCUAGAGAGGGGCGCUGUGUACUUACUUUUUUGUAUCAAAUUAUUGAAUCUACUAUACCUACAGUGUGUAAUUUUACUCUAUUUUAAUUAUUAUUAAUGCGUGUAAUUAUUAUUAAUAAUUUUCUGUUCUGUAACGUGGAAAAUUGGAAUAUUCAAUAAAAAUAAAAUUAAAGAAACGCUGUUUUCCUUCAAAUAUUGAUUUAUAAUAUUUAAUUUUGCACAAAUAAUUCAAAAUACUUAUUUUAGUGCAAAUAUAAAAAUCGAACCGCUAAUUAAUUUCUACUAAAGCACACAAGACAUAAAUUACAAUUCUGAUCAGCGUCAAUAACUGUACACAGCGCUCUCGUCUCGAUAAUUCUUUUCAAAAUAAGUCUGUUAAUAUUAACGCAUAUCACGUAUAUCGUUGCUCAAACCAUAAAAACAAAUAGUAUAAUUAUUUUUUUAGCUAAAUGACUGUUAGUCAAUGUAAAUAGUAGCCUUGUAUUUAUGCUAAGUAUAUCGAGUACACAUGUACUUAAUAGAUGGAGAACGGGAAUGUUAGCAAUAAUGAUAGGUCGUGCGCUUUAUGGGUUCAUAUAAACUACUGUAAGGGAGGGGAGUAAUUCAUAAUGGCAUAUCGGAUACCUGAAUAACUGAGUUACCAUAGAAUAGAAUGGUGCCAUACCAAAAUGUGGUGUUUUUGUCCAUCGCCUCCACAAAAGCAACAGAUUGAAGUGUACUUGAUAUUAUUCUAAGCUUUAAAUCUUUACAUUUUCAAGCACUUCGUUAUUUGGCAUUCAAACCCUCGAUAUUUUCUAGAGGCUAUGCAUCGGUAUCAAGAAAUAUGUAAUAAGUUAUCAAGAGACAUUAUUGUAAAAAUAUUGCAUGUUGUUUGGUUCAGAUUACAACUGGCUAUGUUUUUAUAUAAAAUUACAGUUAUAUUACAUGCCUAAUUAUAAUGUUUGGUAAUUUUACAAAACAUAUUUUUAUUUAUAAAAUAGUUUUUUUUUUAAUCGCAAUGUAAAUAUUAUAAUUGGAAACAUCAGCGCCAUCUAUUCAAAAUGUAUAAUUAUGAAGACGAUUACUGUUAAGUUGGUGUAUGUGUGUGAACAAUUAGUUUUAUACUGUUGGUCAUUCGAGUUAGUUUCUUAUUAUUAUUUCUUUGCAAAUCUUCAACGGGAAUAUAGAAAAGGCUAUUUUAUAAAUCUAUUUAUUUUUCUUUAUCUUCCUGCUACAUUCUUUAUGAAGAAUUUUUUACUAUUUAAAAUAAUAAAAAUUGUGUAUAAUUAAUAAGUAACGAACUAAAGUAGUGAAAUUAAGAAUAUAUUCGUAAUAUUCUUCAAAAUAUCUGCUUUAUAAAAAAGGUCAGGUCCAAAACUUAAUUAAUUUUGUUUCUUUUUGUAUAAUCCCGUCAGAUUUGUACUUAGUGUUAAUGUUGUACAGUAAGUUAGGUCAUUUAUACACCGGAUUGCUAUGAGGUUCUUAGGCUUAGUUCACAUCGCGACAUAUAGGUACGCGUGUGAGGGACGCCGGCUGCGUCUACUAGUGUUAGUUUUACAAGUGUCUGACUGUGAUUAUUUUUGCUAACAUUGACAUUUUUGUAAUGACAAUUAUUAUAAAAUACUGU